AUGUCUUCAAAUGGUACUGUUGUUGCUGCUGAUGAUGUUGCAAAAUCUAAAACAACCACUCCUACUUCGAUAUUAUCAAGAAUAAAUUCUAUACAUCUUGAUGAAAAUAGUAUUGAACAGGAACUACCAAUAUCAUCAAAUGAAUAUGUUAAUUUAGUUACCGAACAUAUGACUACGGAUUUUAUUCCAUCCACACAACUAUCCGGAAAUGAAUCAUCCACUACAUCAUUAUCAUUGAAUCCAAUUCAGCAGUCGUUUAAUUUAAGUAACAAUAAUAAUAGCCAUCAUCAUCAUCGUUAUGAACCAAAUGUAGAUCAUCAUCAUCUUGGCCAUAAUAAUAUUGCACAUAUUCAAGAUCAUUGUCAUGAUAUUUGUCUUGAAUAUUAUGAUAAUCACAAUAAUAAUCAUCAUUUGAAUAACCGACAAAUAACUAAUCAUCAUUUUGCUACAUUGCAACAACAGAAUGUACAUCUUAUGGAUGAUAAUAAUAAUCAGCAUCCUCAAUAUUCUGAUCUUCACAACAAAAUUCAAGAUUCAGACAGAUUUUUCCUUACACAACAACAACAGAAUCAAGAAUCAUUACCUUUUUCAACAAUGGCAACAACAAUAGCUACAUUGAACAAUUCUAUUUCAAACAAUAGAUGUGAUAAUAAUAAUGAUAUGGCAACAAUUGUAUCCAAACAAUAUCAUCAACCACAACCACCACUACUAACAUCAUCAUCAUCAACAACAACAUAUCAGGAUCAUAUUCAGAAUUCAUCUUCAUUUUUGCAAACAAUGUCGACAAAAUUACAACAGCCACAACAACAACAAAAAUUAUCAAUGAAUAUUUUAUCCAUGAAUGGUAACCAACAACAACAGGCAGCCUUAUUCGCAAACACUGCACCAAUGUUAACCAUACGACGAAAAGAACGUAAUGUGUGA